AUGAUAGGAAUAGCUGGACUCACUAGAGCACAAGUAGGACCUAAAGCACUAGUAUGCAUAUAUGAUGACAAAUGGGAUAACCAUCAACAAGUAGCUAUAGCCACAACAGAAGUAGAUCUUAGCACAAACGUAGCAGUUAUAGGAUGUAUUCCUAAUUACAAUACCAAACACCUCAAUCCCUCAAACAAGCAGCGGAGAGCACCCAAGCCCAACAAGGCUUGGUGUACCCUCACCCACUGGAUUGAUAAUUGGAUUAUCAAGUUCUCCAAGAGCUGA